AAGUGAUUAACCUCUUUUCUGAGUUUGAGCAUCAGUGUUUGGGUCCAUUCUGGUGCUGGAGGAGGUUGAUGGCGAGGUUCCAGUUGGUGCGCGUCAAAGUGAGCUGGACGACACUUUUGACUCUGGCCCACUUCACAUACCUGCUGGUCGGGGCCACCAUCUUCCAGAUCCUGGAGCGAGAGGCUGAGAGCAAGAACCGAAUACACUUCCAACUGGAGAAGUUGAAUUUCUUGGCUAAUUACACCUGCCUGGACGGACCAGCCUUGGAGGAGUUUGUUCAGGUGAUUUUGGAUGCCUGGGAAAAGGGAGUGAAUCCCUCAGGCAACUCAACAAACCCCAGCAACUGGGACUUCAGUAGCUCCUUCUUUUUUGCAGGCACAGUAGUCACAACUAUAGGCUACGGCAACCUCUCCCCCAGCACAGUAUCUGGUCAAGUGUUUUGUGUGUUUUACGCGCUGUGUGGAAUCCCCCUGAACCUGGCCUUCCUCAAACAGCUGGGGAAGUGUCUCACCAUCCACCUGGGUCGCCUGGAGAGAGGAAUGGUCUCAGUUGUUCCACACAAGCAAACAGUUGAGGCUCUGGCAGUGAGCUUGUUCUUCAUCACAGGCAGCCUGCUGUUUUUGGUCAUCCCUCCUCUGUUGUUUAGUUACGUGGAAGGCUGGACGUUUGGCGAGGGCUUCUAUUUCACCUUCAUUACCCUCAGCACCAUUGGUUUUGGAGAUUACGUAGUGGGGACUGACCCAGGCAAGCAGUACAUCUCUCUGUACCGAAGCCUUGCAGGCAUAUGGAUCAUCUUUGCCUUGGCUUGGCUUGCUCUUAUCCUCAACAUGGGAGCCAGAAUAAUGGAGCAUGCAAUUGUCCUGACUCAUCCAGGCUUUAAAAAACAAGAGGACGAUGAGAACGUGCCAUCCAGUAAUCUAGAAGACACGUCAAAGAUCUGACAGUGGACUUUAGACGGGACUAUCUACAGUACAUGUAAUAUUCACUAGAUAGAAUUGAAUUAGUGUAACUGUUCUCUGUACAUAUUAUCAUACAUGGUACACUAAGAAAACAGUUGCAGCUUUUCGCAAAAACUGUUUCUGUUAGAUAUUUGCCUCAGAAUAUUUAUUCCUCUUUAAAUGCUUGUUUUUUAUGUUUCGCCUGGUCGAAAAUUGGUUUCAUUUAUUACACAAUAAGCUGGGAAAACAUUACAGGUUUUUUGUUUGACAAUUCUACCUCAACCAAGCUAAAGAGUCAGUACAGUAGAUCAG